GAGACUGAGCAUCUUUGCACAGAAGCAUCUGGAACCAGAGAGAGACCGGGGGAAGACCGAGAGAAACAGGUGUGUCCCCAUCCUCCUCACCUCUUUUCUCCUCUGCCGGGCAACACCGGGGAACCCCGGGGAACCCCGGCAUGGCAGAGGAGACUCGGGUCAUCUACCACCUGGAGGACCAGGAGACCCCGUAUCUGAUCCGAAUCAACGUGCCCGCACAGUACGUCACUCUGGCGGACUUCAAACAGGUGCUGAACAAAAACAACGUGAGGUUUUUCUUCAAGUCCGUGGACGACGACUUCGGGGUGGUCAAAGAGGAGAUCAGUGAUGAUGAUGUCAGGCUGCCCUGUGUCAACGGACGAGUCGUCUGCUGGGUGGUGUCCUCAGAUUCCUGUCAGUCAGAUAUUCAGUCAUUGAGCACGCCCACCAGCUUGGCCCCGCCCCCAAUCGAGCGGACAGGUGGGAUUGGACACUCCAGACCGCCCUCCUUCCACGCUGCAGCCACCAGCGGCCAUGACGGGUCAGAGGUCACACCUGUCACUUCACCACCAGAAAGGAGUGAGAGAGAGGGCAGUGACCGAAGUGAGCGUGUGAAUGGCCACACCCACCAACCAGCUGAUCAGAAUGGAGCGGGGCCAGCAGGUUCAGGUGACAGCUCAUCGACGCAACUGAGCAGCGAGUUAGAGACGACAAGUUUUUGCUCAUCUGAAGAUGACUCAGGAGGAAGGUUCAGCCAAUCAACAGAGCGGAGCAACUCUUCUCCACACCUUGCCAGACGACAACGCCGGCGUCACCGGAAACCCAAAGCGCAACAGAUGGAGCGGUCUGUGUCUCUCAGCAGUGUCACUGACUCCACCAUGUCUCUCAACAUCACCACUGUCGCUCUGAAUAUGGACAGGUAUAACUUCCUGGGCAUCAGUAUUGUUGGUCAGAGUAACGACAGAGGAGACGGAGGAAUCUACAUCGGCUCCAUCAUGAAGGGCGGAGCUGUGGCGGCAGAUGGACGCAUUGAGCCUGGAGACAUGUUACUACAGGUGAAUGACGUCAACUUUGAAAACAUGAGCAAUGACGACGCAGUGAGAGUCCUGAGAGAUGUCGUUCACCAACCAGGUGAGGUGAUGUUAACAGUGGCCAAGUGUUGGGAUCCAAAUCCACGAAGCUGCUUCACGCUGCCAAGAAAAGGUGAACCGGUGCGUCCCAUUGACCCAGCUGCCUGGGUGUCUCACACCGCUGCAAUGACAGGGAGGCUCCUUCCACACUACGAUGGCCCGGACGAAAAACACCUCAACAUCCACAGUGACAUCACAGCUGUCGUCAAGGCGAUGGCCAAUCCAGAGUCAGGACUGGAGGUCCGGGACAGAAUGUGGUUGAAGAUCACCAUCCCCAACGCUUUCAUUGGUUCAGAUGUGGUUGAUUGGCUCCACCGCAACGUGGAAGGUUUCACUGACAGACGUGAGGCCAGGAAGUACGCAGGAAACCUGCUGAAGGGCGGGUACAUCCGGCACACGGUCAGCAAGGUGACGUUCUCUGAGCAGUGCUACUAUGUGUUCGGAGACAUCUGUGCAGAUCUGGGUCUGAUGUCUCUACUGGAUCAAGGGGGAGAGUCAGGCCAGGAACAGUGGCCCCCGUCCCUUCCCCACCAGUCUCCCUUCCUUCACCCCUACAGCUCUCCUCACCCACUCCUCCAGCUGCCAGCCUGGGCAGGAAGUGGAGGAGGAGGAGGAAGUCAACACAGCGAAGGGAGUCGCAGCAGUGAAUCCAACUGCAGUAAUGGCCUGAAGGAUGGAGGAGGAGCAGAAAGACCCAUCCAAUCAGAGCCCUCCCAGCACCUUGGGACUGAGUCCCUCGGUGGCGACAGCGUUCAACAGCCCCUGGCGUCCAUCUCUGGUCUCCACGCCAACGACGAUUCAAAGGACUCGCAGCAGACUCCCCCGCUGUCUCCGGGUCGAGACGUUUCCUCCGGCUCCACACAGUCCCUUCACCUGGCCAUGGGAAACCCUGGUGAUUUCUUUGUGGAUGUCAUGUGACAACCUCAUGACCAUUUAUGUAUUUAUUUACAUAUUUACUUAUUUAUUUAUUUAUUUACUUAUUUGUUUGUUUGUUUGUUCUUUUAUUUAUUUAAUUUGUUUGUUUGUGUCUGCUGUGAUCAGAUGUUUAAAGCUGCUGUUAAAAAUAUGAAACUUUAAUAUCAAGAGUUAAAGUAAAAACAACAAAUUUCAUCAAAAAUCAUAUUUAUUUUAUCACUUCAACAUCAACAAAAUAAACUGUAAACCUAACAUUUUUGUCGAUGGGAGGUACCAGGAGAUAAGGAGGAGGAACCAGAGGAUAAAUAAUUAACCCAGAUGUUGGCGUCCACAACGUCUGUCCCUCUGACGGCCUCAGUGGACAGAGCUACUGUUAUAAUUCUUCUUCACUCGAAGGACGAGGGAUUCGGGAAUAUCUGGUUCUGGUGGGCUGGACCGCCGAUCCACUUUAAUGUGAAAUAGAUAUCUAAUCAAUGCAGAGGAUUGUCACAGCAAUGAGGAAUGGAGAUGAAACAUUGUAUGGACUCAUCUGUGUCAGAAUGAGUCAUGUCUUCUUCACUGGAACACAAAGAUAUUCACGAUUAUUAUUAUUAUUAUUCGUAAGCCGCUUGUUUCUGAUGAAUUAUGAUAAUAAAAAGUCACUGACAAACUUCCUGUGUGGAGUUUAUUUUAAUUAUAUUUUCUAAAUAAAGCUCAGAUCAGAUUGAGUGUCUAUUCAGAAAUAUUGACAAGACCACAAAAUCAAUCCUAUGUCCUUCAUGAUGGAAAUGGAGUGGGAAAAGUAUGAAACCAUUUUAAAAUAUACAAUGCAUUAUGACAGUGUAGUGUAGUAAAACUAUUAUUUUAUUUUGGCAGACAUCGAAGAUGAAAUAAUUGUACUUAAUUUUAAUUUAAUCACUGAAUUUUAUGAAUUGUAGUUUUUCUUUACCCCAGAAUCAGCCUUGAUAAUGUCAGGAGCCGGGUCAGCUCUACAAAGGCUGCCAUUUUACAUCACCAUGUUUUUUGAACAGCCCAUGAAGGACAAACUAAAUAUCUCUUGGGUUUUGAUGCUAACUGAAGGCUACCAAAGUUCUCCAACAGACUUAGAUCAGACAGACAGACAACAUGAAACUUCACCAAUAAAUGUUGCUAUAUUUUACACACUGUGCCUUUAAAGCCGUUUAUAAAGAAAAGCACACAAACAAUUGACAUGUCAUUGUUGCCCUUUUAUUGCUGUUCUUUUUCAUUGCAGUUAUGGAGCUGCUGGUAUGAUGUAAUGCUAUGUACGUAGUCGGCUGAUAUUACUAUUCACCUCACACAACCUACGAUGGAAACGCAAGCCAGGUCAGAGAGAAAAUUUCAGUCCAAACACUGGUAUAACCUGGUAUAAAUGCAGCUAAAGUGAUGGCCCGGGUUAUUGGUGUGAAAGUGACAAUCCGGGUCGUUGAUGUGACAGUGAUGACCCGCAGGACCGGGUUCAACUCAGACAAAUGAGACGAGGAGGCAGGGACGCGUCCCAAUACGCUCAACAGCGGCCUCGGUGUCGGUGAGCAGGCGGAGUAGGAGAGAACUGAACCUGGCGUCAGUCACAGGCACACGGCAGUUAUGCUAUCGAAGACACUGCCCAAAGCCGGGUCACAGACCGGCUACUGCAGCAGGAGGACAACGGGAAUAGGAUGCUGGUGCUUCUGAAUGGGACAUUGCCGAGGACGCGCUCCGUCAGCUGACUGUCUGCUCUGCAGCCGACAUCUUACCCAAGAGAGGGACGGAGACGAAGGAGUCCGGGGCUCACGGUCAAAUGUCGGGGUGGAGCGAUGGUGCGGCCCGUGUGGGUCGACUGAAGCCAAGACGCUGGGCUCCUCUACGGGGACACGAAGGACAGACGUGGUGGACAGGCAGCUGUCUGUCUGUCUGUCCGUCUGUCUGCACUGUAGCGGUAGCGGACUGCCGUCGCGGUAACGUUAGCAGGUGAUGCUAAUGUGAUGACUUUCAGGCAGAUGUCGGUGAUUAAAACCACUUCUCUGUAGAGACAAUCAGCCUGUUAUUUUGUUGGGACACCUGAGCUGCUGGUCUACUAUUACCUUGUUUGAUUUAAACCUUGUGAUUCUUCAAUCAUGACAUCAUCACUGACUGACCAGCACCUGUCAGCUGUGAUUGGGAGCAGUUAUUGCCUACAACCACAAGGGGGAGGUGUUGAUCUUCAGGGUCUGGAGGAAAGUGAGGCAGUGGGUCGACAGCUGUCCCCAACCAGAGUGUCCAUGAGAUGACAGCACGGAGAAUGUCCCAGAACAACAUGGUGUGGCCAUCUGGACAUCAGUGUCAUGAUGUCAUCGAACUAGGAGACAUGUUGCUGACGCUGGAGCUGAGAGGAAGGAGGAUGACCUAUGACACGGUUGUUUGUUCUCGCCUAUGCUGUGAUGGCUUAAAAGAACAUCACGUCAUGUUUGGUUUCUGCUCUCCGAUGAUUCUUCAUCAGGAACGCCUGAACUCUUGUCUCCGUGUACAGGAGUAUUUCCCACCUUCCUGUCUUCCCUCUGUUUUUUAGUGACUUUUUUUUCAAGUGACUGACCGGGGUUGAUCAGCCAGCACACACACUGAGGGUGUGGCAAAACUGUUGGAUAUAAUAAACCAGGAAGAACAGAACAGUCCAUUGUCUGAAUAUUUUAAGAGCCAAUGUUCUCGGCCUCUUAUAAUCAUAUGACUGCGAGAUGUGUGUUCAUGUUCAUAUUUGUCAACUCUUUAGGCCCUUUCUGGCCCAAAUACUGAUCUUGUCAGGACCAGUGGUCCUCAUGGAGACCAAAAGGAGAAGUGUUUUAGUUUAGGGCUAAGAUGUGAAUUGUGGUUGUUUUUUGGUGAAGGUUAGGGAUAAUGCUUUGUUUAGGCUGUCCAAAUGAAUGGGCCAAUUCAGUGUACCAAGGAGAAGAGCUGUGCAAACCUGUGUGUGUUUUCUUGUAUUUGUUGCUUUGUGAGGGCCAAAAAGGAUAUAAAACAUACAGAGAGAGCACAUUCUAGGAAAGUGGAGACAUUUUGGCUGGUCUUUACAUCUUUAGGCUUUUUUGGGGUUUUAAGGGACUUGGGAAUGCAUUAAGUCUAUGGGUGUCCCCACUUUGAGAGUCCUCACUUUGUGUGGGAGAGACCUUUAGUUAAUUAUUACAUUUUAUAAUGACAAUGUAUAUAUUUUUAUUUUGAAGUAAUAAAAUACUGUAUGUUUAAUAUUUCAUGUAAAAAAUAAUCACAGUCCUGUGGGGACCAGUGGCAUAUUCAGGAAUAAACCGUUUGAAGGUCA